AUGCCGCUGACGUGGAUCUCGGACCCAGGCUCGCAUUUCAAGAACGAGGUGAUGGCUACGCUGGCGACAAUGACCAAACGGCUGAACCGCGAUCUGCUACAAGUCCUCCGGGUGCUGUUGCGUGAGUAUCGUCUGGCGAUCGAUCAAUGGGACUACCUUCUGCCGGUGGUCUUUACGCUUUUGAAGCCGACGGUGCCGUUGCACGUCAUCCUCGGUCCCGACAACUCGAUCCGGGACAAGUGCGACUGGUCGAAGGCAACGAUUACCAACAACGUGGAUGCGCUGCGGCUCAGCCUCCACGAGAUGCACAAGAAGAUUCUCGAUCUCAACCGUGAGCGCGAGGCCCGAAAGCUACUCGACACGAAGCGUGUGCAUACGCUGAAUGUUGAAGUUGGCGAGUACGUGCUGUGGUCAAGGGUCGAUGACAUCCGUUAUCCCAAGCUGCGCGUCACGUGGCUCGGACCCUACUUGGUGAUUCAAGUCAACGAAUUCUCGGUCAAGAUUCAACAUUUAAUUACCAAGGAAGAACGACUCGCUCACUCGUCUCGGAUCAAGUACUAUUCCGACUCGAGCCUCAACGUCACGGAAGACAUAAUCGACCAUGUGUCGGAACAAGGUGUCAUGCUCAAGGUGGCUGCGAUCGCGGCGCAUCGCAACAAUCAAGCCGCCAAACUCUAUGAGCUGCACGUGCACUGGGAAGGUCUGGAGGCGAUUGAAGCCUCGUGGAAAAGACUCUACUCGUUGCUCGCCCAGUGCCCAACUGUCGUCCAGCGGUAUGUUGAGUCACUCGCCGACGGGCCUGACCAACGCCGGCUCCGUUCGGGAAUAGCUCUUUCUUAG